AUGGCUGGGCUUAAACCAGAACUUGUAGAACCAGUGCGUCUCUUCAAACCAAGAACGAUGCAAGAAGCUAGAAGUCUUGCAAGAAUGCAAGAAAUCAUGCUAAUGCGUCAGAUAAAAAAGAAGGCACAGGCACUUCAAGAUAAUUAUCGAUCACAAGAGUUUUUGGAGAAGGAUGAAGUAGGUACACCUCUACAAGAUUGUGGGAAUCAGCAAGCCAAGAAUGGCAUUCAAAGGAUUCCUCUAGACUUUAGUUUGGGUACCAAACACUGUUCGAAACAUCAAUGUUGGCCACUUGAGCCUUCGCCACACUCUGUUCCAACUUUCUCUUCAUCUUUGUUUCUGAUCAACCCAUCGUUACCUAUUUACGUUUUUUCUGCCGCCACCACAAACUUCUCCAUUGCUGUCCUUUGUUCCUUGGGUGUCAUCGUUGCUGUCUUUGCUGGUUUCUCCAUUGCAGUCGAUUCUGUAACUUCAAAUGCUUCAUGGCUAUUUGCUCCAUCAUCACCACCCCUUUUUGUCUUCUUAUCAACGUGUGUUUGUCUUACCCGUACCCAUUUAAAGACUCUAGACUUCUCACAGCUACAGAACCUGGGUGAACUUUUCACAGCAGGGAGGGCAUGUGAGAGGUGGUUAUGGAUCUGUUGGACCCAUCCGUCAAUUAGGCACAAGGCUGGUGCACAAUCUUCUUCAAGAAGGCCAGCUUACACACCUUCACCUCUGAAUGGCCCGGCCAGGAGGGAAAGUUCAGAUGUUCAUGAAGGUUUCUUGCCUGCUUUUACAAAGAAUUUGGAACCUGACAAGACUGGCGACACUCAUAAAUUCCACUCAUUAGAUAACAAGCCACAGGGUAGUGGGGUUGCUCUUCCAACAGUGCACAUGCAUACCAGUUUGAUGGCUAGGAGAAUAUUGGAGCAUAUUGAUAGAAAUCCUCCCACUCCUCAACAGAAAUCUGCAGAGCUGAAUCUGGCCACUAAAUGGAAGAAUCCCGAGUCUUCUGUUAAUGCCAAUGGUGUCUUGUCAAAUGAAAAUAAUGGCUUUCUGAAAUUAAAAGAUGCCAAUUCAUAUAAAUAUGAUGGGUAUGAUGGAAAGAAAUCCACUCUAAAUGAAAUUCAAGGGAGCUCCCAUGUUGAUAGUUUGAGUGCUGAUAAAUCUAUCAAUGUCAACAAUGCAACAUCUUUGCCAUCUGGAAUCAACGUUGGCAGUAGCUUCCUGAAAAUUGGAAGUGAUGCAAGGUCCUUGCAAAAUACUAAUGGCGCCCAAAAUUUUCCAAUGAAAUCUACUGAAGAGGAUGCAUCGAAGAUUGUCUCAUCUGUUAAUCAGCCUAGUGUGAAAAUUCAAGAGAAGAUACCUCUGUCCAACUACUCAAUUGGAAAACCGGUAUUACCAUCUAUUAACAUCAACAAGCCUGAGCCAAAGUGGACCUUGGCAUCUGAUAGAAGCUCAGGAUUUACCUUCCCGGUUUCUGCUGCCUCUUCUGUAUUCUCCGAGCCACCUACACCAUCCAUCGUGCCAUCGUUCUCCACUGGCGGUGACCGCCAAUCAAAAGAAAUUGCUACUGAACCUUCAUAUAGUUUUGGAUCCAAAAGAUCAAGUCCAGCUCUAGUGUUCUCUUUCCCUUCUACAAGCAGUACUGCUGUUCAGAAUGACGCUGGUGACAUAAAGUUCAGCUUUGGGUCCAAUGAUAAGGCUAGGCUUUCAUUUAGCUCGUUUGGUACGAAUGCCGUCUGCUGAAACAGGGGAAUUUAGGUUUCAUAAGUUUUCCGAUCUAUUUUUUCCCUCAGGCUAAUAGGCUUUCUUUUCUUUUCUUUCUUUCUUUGCUUUUUUUUUAAUACUCUUGUUGCCCAUCCUCUUAGCUGUUUGUACAGGCACUCUUGCUUUUGUUUUUCGACUGAAGAUACGAGUGAAUUAAAAAUUAAGCCUUUUUGAAGGGUUACAA